AUGGCUGUAAAUGUCCAUCCCGUCUUUAUGGUCGUGACUUUUCCGUUUGCCAGCCUGGUAGCUAUCUGCCUCUCCCGCCCUCCCUCUCUGCAGACCUCCCGGUCCGAAAACGCGUCUGCGUCCGCCGCUUGCGACUACGUGGGAGACGCCUCGAUGAUGUCCAUGCGACGCGCCAUAGAGGGCCUCUCGGUGGAAGAGAUCAAGGGUCUGAACACGUCGGAUCUCAACUUACCGACACGAAUGGUGGACUUUGAGGAGGCCAUAGCUCGCGUCUCCAAAUCUGUUUCAGCGUCAGAUAUUGAAAAGUAUGAAAAAUGGAUGCAGGAAUUCGGAGCCAUGUAA